AUACCUCCAGAUGUAUCAUCACGUUAUAGCAGUAGUUCAAUAGAUUUGGUUCCAAGUUAUAGUAGUGAUAGAUUAUCAGAUCAAAAGCCUAUAAGUAGUCAAGAAUUACCCAAUCAUAUACGUCAAAGUUCAGAGUCGUCCACCAUUUCAAAUGCGUCGGCAAACUCUGUCUCGACCUUGCCACUGGAACGGUCAAGUAAAAAUAUGAGAUUUGUAAGAUAUGCCAUGAACACCCAAUCUUCAUCUGCUUCAAGUUCCGGUCGAUGGCCAAUGCUGAGUGUCUUAGUAUGGCUCGACUAUAAUGGAUUUAACAACUCGUGGAAGGAAACAUUCAGAAAGAAUGAAAUAUCAGGUCAUAGGUUUCUAGAUUUAGAGAAUUAUGAAGUGAAUUCACCCACUUGGCAACAAUUCUCGAAGUAUUUAACCAUCGAUGAUGAUAAUAAUUCAGUAGAAAGAUUUCUUGAAUUAUUAAAGAAAGAGAUCGUUAUAUCAGAAGAAGAAAAUCUCCUGCAUUCCAGAAAAGUAUCCGAAUCUCUGAUUUCGCCUGACUUUUAUAGUACUAAUCUUUCAGAUUAUCCUCGACCUCAAUCAGCAUUUUAUAAAAGGAAAUCAGUAGCAUCUAUAUCACCCUCAGAUUCUUAUGCAAACGUCAAUAGUUUGAAAUCAGGCAAGCAAAGACCAUUUUCAUAUAUUGAUCCAAGUAGUUAUAAGAGUCCUACCAUUGAAUUCCCAUCAUCAUUAUCAUCCAACUUUCUUCGAAAACAUAAUCGAUCUAGAUCUAAUGACAGUUCUACGAUUAAGGAUUCUUUACCACCUACAUCUACCGCUUCAGCUACUUCUACUAGUAGUAAGAGUAGUUUGAGCACAAGAAAGGGUGGUAUAUUUGGUACAUUUAAGAAAUUAAGUAAUGACAAAGCCUCUAAACAACAACUAAAAAAUCAACAACAACAGCAACAGUUACAACAACAACAAAUGGUGAAUAAAAAGACACCACAACCAGUUGCAUUUACUACCAAGAAGCAACAUCAUAAGCACCAUAGUCACAGUCCAGUCUUGGUUGAUCCAAAAGAGAAUAUCGCCGAAAAUUCAAAAUUGGUACAAAGAAAACCACCAAGCCCAAUCAUUUUUCCUGUGUUGGAUGAUAAAUAUUUACCUAGAAUUCGAGAAAAGAAGAUUGGUUCAAACUCUACAGUAUUGGUCAGUGAUGAUAAUAAAAAGUUCGUUCCUAUUCAAGUUGGUGAAGAAGAAAAGACUAACUUUAUUAAAUUCAGAGCCAAAGUCUUAUAUGCAUUAAAUCUUGUUGAUGCUGAAGAGGUGACUUUCCAUUUAACUGAUUUUGAUGCUGAAGAAGAGGGAAUGGAAUUACCCGAAUCAGUAUUGCUUCAAGUAUUACAAUCACAAUCAAUUUGCAAAUUAGUUGUCCAUCACAUCUUGCAUUCACCAGAUACAACUACUUUUUCAACAACAUCAUCUGAUUCUAAAUCUUUUGAAUAUAAUCAUACUCCUCAAUACUUACUUGAAAGUUCGAAAGAUAAAGAAAUCGAUUAUUUGAAUGUGAAGAGUGAUUAUAUGUUAAGACAAAUUCAUAAAAAGACCAUUGAAGAAGGCGGUUUGCUUAAUAAUAAGUCAUAUAGGAAGCAUUUAACUCAUCAAGAUUUCCCCAUGCAAUUGGAGAUCCCAACUAAUAGAAAAUUAUCACAAGAAGCAACUAAUAUUAAACCUACCAGUUCAUUACUGGCUGAAACAACGAUCACAGCUACUAAUAGUAAUAGUAGUAGAAAUUUAUUUGUCCAUAAGGAAAAUGAUCCGACAACAAUAUCAACAUUUAAGAUUUUACCACCUCGGGGUAAUUUGAUUGAUUUUGAAAAGAGACGUGAGAAUAAACCAUUCCAAACUGCUCCUAAGCCAAUUGCUACUAUUCAAGAUUCAUCACUUACUGAUUCUCAUAGAUCACCAGUAUCAGCUACUACAGUUUCAAUCUUAAAGGAUGAUAAGAAAACUCCAACAAACAGAAUCAUUCCUAAGAGAGUAGCUCCACCUCCUCCUGCUGAAAUUCAAGGAUUAAAGAGAACAAAUUCAAUUCAAAGACGUAAUCGAGUCUCAUCUGUGUCAAGUAUAACUAGUUCUAUACUUGAUAGAAAUAGAAGUCGUAAUUCAAGUAUAAGUUCUCGAAGAAAUGAUGUUGAUUUAUUCAAAGAGAAUACCAUUGUAUUUGAUGAUGUUCCAUUAGCCGAUUUUAAUCCUAAUAAUGGUGAUGAUCAAUUUUUUAUUAAACCACUCAAACCAAUUCUGAAUGUUCGAAAGUUAACUUUAAGAGAUGGAAAGAAUAAUAUAAACCCAACGGUUAGACCUGCUAUUUUAGAAGUGUAUGAGAAUUUUGAUCGAUAUUUUCCUGAUACAGAUUUAGAAAAACCCAUUAUUAAUGAAGAUCCAACACCUGGAGCUUCUGUUCCUAUUUCUGGAGAUGAAAACUUACCAGUUCGGAAACCUACUAUUUCGAGAACGUUUUCGAAUGCUAAUAAAUCACCUAUAACUCCUUCUGAACCGAGUGAAGAGUUGGUGGAUGGAUUUAAGAAUGUUGGUAGAGGAAGAUUAAAGUCGAUUCGGGCUGCUUGUAUCGAAGCUAAGAACAUUUAUAAGAAGAAUCCAGAGAUUAAGAGAUCUAAUACUAAAUUAUGGGGAUCUAAAGUUAUUGAACUUACAGACCAGAGUGAAGUUAAGUUUAUUGGAGGUACCAAAGGAACAUCAACAGGAAAUGGAGAUGCUGUUGAAUUUAAAGAAUUUGCUUGGAUUAAAGGUGAUAAGAUUGGUAGUGGAUCAUUUGGAUCAGUUUAUUUAGGGUUCAAUGUCACAACUAAGGAAAUGUUUGCUGUUAAACAAAUUGUUUAUAGUCCUCAAUCCCAAAUUUCAGUUGAUUUAUUGAAAGAAGUUGAAAAUAUGAAAGAUUUACAUCAUGAAAAUAUUGUUCAAUAUUUAGGACAUUCUCAAAAGAAUAAUGAAUAUAAUAUAUUCUUAGAAUACGUUCCAGGGGGUUCAAUUGGAUCAUGUAUUAAGAAUGUGGGUAAAUUUGAUGAACAAUUGAUUCGAUUCCUUAUUAAGCAAGUUUUAUCAGGAUUAGAAUAUUUACAUACCAAUGGGAUAUUACAUCGAGAUUUAAAAGCGGAUAAUUUAUUAUUAGAUGAUAAUGGUACAUGUAAAAUAUCUGAUUUUGGAAUUUCGAAGAGAUCUAAAGAUAUUUAUGCUAAUGAUAUGAAGAAUUCAUUUAAAGGUACUCGAUAUUGUAUGGCACCUGAAAUAUUUAAGAAUAAGAAAUAUGUGGGGUAUAGUGCUAAAGUUGAUAUUUGGUCAUUAGGAUGUGUGGUGAUUGAGAUGUUUACCGGGAGAAGACCAUGGUCUGAUAGUAAAUCUGCGGAACAAUUUGUGGAAGAUAUUGAUAAGAAAUUAAGUACUGAUUCCAGAAUUUCAUGUGAUGCAAGAGAUUUUAUACUUCGAUGUCUUACUAUUGAUUCAAGUGUUAGGCCUACUGCUAAACAAUUGAUUAAUGAUCCAUUUACAAAAGUUGAUGAUAAAUUUGAAUUCCAAAACACCAAAUUAGCAGAGACUAUAAAAGAUAGAAAGAAGGAAUAGUAAUAGUAUGUAUGUAUAUAUAU